AGAAGCAGCCGUUUGUGCCACUCAACAAACAUCAGAGCUGCAGAAACAACAGCAACAACAACAAUAAGCACACUAGCACCCCACCUGCCCACAGGAGACGCCAUUGCGGAGAGCCAAGAAGACAGCGCACCGGUCGAGCCAUUGCCAGAAAACAGCCAUUUGAUGGCAGCCGUACUUGAGGACAUCGAGAACAUGGAGCAGUUGGAGGCUGUGAGCCACCUGGCCCAGGACAUUGCUGCUGUGGCGGACGAGUCGGAGGCACAGACAAUUGCGCUUAAUGAGGAAACGGAAACGUUGCAUCACAGCGAGGGCGAGAUGGAGAGCGACAGUCACAGCGACAGCGACAGCGACAUCGAAGACCACCAUGAGUCAGCGGCCAUUGAGAGCAUCGGCGUUGAGUCACCGGCCGCUGAAGCUGAAGCACCUCAGGCAGCGCCACAAGAGCCGCAAAAGCAGAAGGAGCGCGAGGAAUUGGAAUCGUCGGACGAUGAGGAGAGCGGCGCCGGCGAGCAUGUCGAGAUGAGUCCCACAUUCAAUGCCGAAUGGGAAACACUUGCCGAAGACUUGGCCAAUAAGAAUGAUGCGGCUAACGAUCUCAGCAACCACAUCGACGAGAGUUUCGAGCACUUGGCGCCCAUAGACCUGUCCCACGACAUUGCUGUCAAUGACAUUGCCGCUGCGAAUGCACAGUUCCCCUAUAACCCCGAUGCCGAGCUAAUCGACAUCAGCAACGUCCAAAUGCUGCCGAAGUUUGAGAAGCUCACCCUGGCCAUCGCACCGGCUGUGGAGCAGCAGCAGCAGCCGGAAGAAGAGGAACUGGAGAUGGCAGAAACGCUGCUCCAGUGAAUCUAGCCUAUAGCAUCUACUAUAUAUAUACAUAGUUCUUAGCCUUUAGCAUAUUACGCAUAUUACUAGCUUAUAUACUCAUUGUUCGAGCAGCCGCUCUAAAUUUGGCCGAUCAUGUACAUAUUUAUUGAGCACAUCUAUUCACAUAAGCCGUCAUGAAUUGUUCAAAAGUAUUACACAACAAGUGCAGAUUUGUGCAUGCGUGUCUAUUUAUUUAUUUUCAUAAACCAUAUACGAGAUAUCA